AUGGCGACAAGAGCGCUCUGUUUCUGGCUUCUGGCUAGCUUAGCGAGGUCUUCUGAACCCCUUGAUCUGUGGCUCAUCUGGACAGACCGCGAUGGGGCUGACUUCUUUUUCACCUCCAGCACAUGCGCAACGGUUGCCCUGCCUGAUGCGAGCAUUGUAGGGAAUGAGCUGGCUGCCCCGCCAAGCAAUGGUGGAAUUAGUGACAUGCUCUUCUUUGUGGAUACCUUCGAGUUCGUCUUUGUGGAAGGCGGCAAGCUGGUUCGGGCAUGGAUGGACAAGACGGGUCGAUCUGAGCUUGGCCCCUUGCCGGGAGACGCUCCCGAGCCCAUCGUGUGGAAUACAAGCGCCACCGGCCCAAGCCUGGGAGAGGAAGGGGCCCUCGCAUGGACCCAGGAUGCUGGUCUGGCAAUGGUGUUCUUUGCAUCUUCGUUAACGAAGAAGCUUUGGGUUUCAAAUCUCAGCUCUGUCCCACCUCGAGAUGCCUCUCACUUGGGCCCAUGGAUGGAGCUGGUGCAGGGCCAGGACACAAGCGCCCGGCCCCAAAUCCCCGUGUUGGUGGCCAAGGACGGUAGGAUGCUUUGGAGCGAUGAGAUCGCGCUGAGGAGCUGGAAGGCAGUGGACGCCUUGAAUGACGCCUCGGCUGGCGGCAGUUCCGGUUCAACCGUGGCUCAGCUUGGCCUUGGUUCGGACGCAUGGGGCGAGUUGUUGGCGGCAGAGGCGUCCCACGAUGGAGGCUUGCUGUGGGUUCGCCGAGUAGAUGGCAACCCACCCCAGCUUGAGCACGUACUACAUCUAGAUUCCUUGAUCGAUGGACCUGGUGCAAACUAUGCCUCCGGUAAUGUACGGCUGCUGCAUCGCUUCUCAGAGAAUGAUGAGCCUUCUGCCAUAGCAGUUCCCCCAAGUCCAGGGCCAGGCCUACCAUACAUGGGAAAUCUGACGGCCUUGUUUCAGCAGGUGUAUUUCUCGAUCCUGGGGCCGGAAGCACAAGCUCGUGUCGACCAUUUGUCUCUUGACACUGGCGAAGUCUCCACAGUCGUCUUUGCCGGGGGCAUCGAGCGGCGUGGGGCGAACCCAGCUCGGCCGGGCGCACUGAGCAUAUAUCCCAUGCCGGAUGUUUGCGUCAAUGUUGGCUGCCUCUACCUUGAGAAUGCCUUCAGCCACUGCGAGAGAUGCGACCAGACCAGCAUCUGCGACACCUGCUUCCUUGAUACCGAGGACUGGCUGAUCAAGGAGUGGUAUCCCACGCAUACCCUGUGGUCGAACUGCGUUUGGCUCUGGCCCAUUGAUCAGGCAGCCUGGGUGGUGCGGACGCAGGUGCAGCAGGCGAAGGAUGAUGGUCUUCUUCCUGAUGACUUCAUCUUCAAGGACACCCAUGCAAGUCAAUGUAGCCGCUGGCAUGAUGACAAAAUGUGA